AUGGAGUGCUCGUGGAAGACUCUGCUGCUGCUCGUGUGCACGUCAUUAGGGGUUCAGUACACCGCUAUCCGCUCCCUCCACGACUCCUUCAGCGGCCCCUGCCAAGACUCCACCCACUGCCAAGUACAUCAGGGUAAAGAGCAAAGAUGGAAAUCUCUGUGCGAUGACAGCCGUGUCCUUGCAGAAACUAGUGGUGCUGCAGCUCGGAAGCACAUCCUUCUGUUUGCACAAACCCGCAGUGGCUCCUCAUUUACUGGACAGCUUUUUAAUCAACAUCCAGGCAUAUUUUACCUUUUUGAGCCUCUUUAUCACGUGCAGCAGGCUUUCACCAAUUCUAGUAGCCGCCUGCAAAGGGCUCUGGAUGGUAGAGCUCUUCUGGGAGCCUACCGAGACCUUCUACUCAAUCUCUACAACUGUGAUUUCAGCUUCCUGGAAAGUUACAUUCGUCCCGAACCACAGGAUCACAUGACCGGGGCCUUUUUCCGCCGUAGCUCCAGCCAUGCCCUGUGCAUGACACCUGUCUGCCCGGAGGGUAGUGAGGAGAUUCAAGCAGGCCAGCCAGAUGAAACCUGGUGCCCUAAAAAGUGUCAAGCCUUGAACCUCACCAUAGCCUCUCAAGCUUGUCAAGAUCGAAACCAUGUGGCCAUUAAAACGGUUCGUAUCCCAGAAAUUGGUGACUUACGUACUCUGUCAGAAGACCCACGUUUAGAUUUGCGUAUCAUCCAUUUGGUGAGAGACCCCCGUGCCAUUCUUGCUUCCCGAAUGACUGCUUUUGCCAGCAAAUUCAGGGCUUGGAAGAUCUGGAACGCCACUGGGCGUCAACCACGGUAUGUGGACCUGACACAAAUAACAAGAACCUGCAAAGAUAUCGAGUAUUCUGUGGAAACCGGCCUCCUGAAACCAACAUGGCUGAGAGGGAGGUAUCUAUUGGUGCGAUAUGAAGACCUGGCCUUGAAUCCUGAAGAAAAGGCAAAGGAGAUAUACAGAUUUCUAGGCCUUGACCUACAUCAAAGAGUCCUCAAAUGGAUUGUUGAUAACACCAAUAGCAGUGUCCCAUCUUCUUCAGAGUGGAACUAUAAGUACUCCACCACAAGAGACUCUAAAGCUACAGCACAGAGCUGGAGAGUGCAUCUAAACUUUGACAUUGUUAAGACUGUUCAGUCUCUGUGUAACAGAACUCUUGCCCUACUUGGCUAUAAACUUGUCCAGUCUGUAGAUGAACUGAGGAAUAUAACAAAAAGUCUAAUGGAGACAAGUGUGUAG